AUGUAUAACGGACUAUCAGUAACAUCGUUAUUGGAAGUAACCCGGCGUUCAAUAAAAGCAUCAACUCUUCCUCUUUAUGAAGACGAAACAGUGCAGGGAAUUGUUGAAGGAAUUUUUACAUUAGACCAAAUCAUAGAAAAUUCUCAAAAUUCAGUUUUAGGGGAGCAAGAAAAUUCUCAAACAAACAUUAAUGAAAAUCGUGAUCAAUUUAAUCGAUUAAAUCGUAAUGUUAGUGAAAAUGAAUCAAUGUUAUCAAUAGAAGAGGAACCACUUCUUUCAUCCUCACAACUUUCCCGAACCUCAAAUCACACAAUAAUAAAUUCUACUUCACAAAAUGUUACAGCGAAUCAAUUUAUUCCACGUCUUAUUCAAAAUCAGGAUAUCAAAGUACUUCAAUUGUAUCAUUCAUAUCGUUUAGAAAAAAUUAAAAAUUCCACAAUUCAGGAUAUUCCAUAUUCCGAAGAUGUUUGGUUGAAUUUAUCAGAAGAGGAAAAGAAUUUUUAUAAAGAAUAUAAAGAAUUAUUAGAAAAUUUAAAAGAAAAGUCACCAUCAAUAAUUAAUUUAUCGGCUAAUUUGAUACCACCUAGAGAAGCCCUUGUUGUUAUUAGAGUUAUUUCAGAUAUUGGAGAAUUAAUGACACUUAAUGGAUUUAUUAAUUUUCGCAAAGGUACUCAAAUAAAAGUAAAAAAGGCAGAUCCAACUGUUGAAAGAUUAAUAAAGAUUGGAGCCAUCAAAAUUUGGGAAUGGAGUGCAAAUCCGGAUCAAUGGAUUCCUUUUGAUUUGGCUUCAGCAGCAGAAUUAGAAGACGCAUAUCAAAAAAAAAAGGCAUCCAUAUCACCUAAACAAGGUUAUUUCGCUUCAAUACCUGAUAGAUAUGAGAUUCGAUUUAAUUAUGUUACAGGACGUUUUCAGCAACAUAAUAUGACGAGUGGAGGUGCAAGAAGAAUCAGGAGAGUUGCUAAUGAUGAUAAUUCCAUUCUUCAACCUGUUCCUUUUGAGAAUGUUACAUCCGAAGACUGUUGUAUCAUAUGUUUAGAUAACUUUGAAGAUGAGAACACAUCUAUAGAACAAGAAAUAGUCAAGUUACCACCUUGUCAUGGACAUUACUUUCAUAGAGCAUGCGUUGCAGAUGAAUUAUCAGACGACGUACUUGCGUUAAAUAUCGAUAAUGCUUCUUAUGAUGAAUCCGAAGUUUCGGAAUUAUCCGAAGAAGAAGUAUUUGCAUUGAAUACUGAAAAUGCUUCUGAAGAAGAGGACGACGACGACGAUUCUGACAAAAGCGAAAAAGAAUCGUUGUCGGAAGAUUCUUCUGGUUCGGAAGACUUUGAAAAAUUUGACGCGUCCUGGGGUAAAAGUAAAAGAAUUUAUUAUGAUGCCGAUGAGGUUUCAGAUUUGGAAGAAGCGAGAGAAGAAGAACAGGAAGCCUUGAGGUUAUACAAGAAAAGAAUUAGUCAAAUGACUGAAGAAGAUUUCUUGGAAACAAAUGAAUAUAAAGCGAAUGACAAUGACAAACUUUCCGAACAAAGCAAUAAUAAAAAUUUUCAAAUUUCUUCUGAUAGUUUAAAUGAAGUUCAACCAGAAGUUUUAAGUAAAAGUCGUUUGGCCACUUUAUCACGUGAGGGAAUAUUGAAUGUAAUACAAAAUGAGUCACCAGAACUUAUUGGAUUACUUAAUGAAUUCGAAGAGAAGCUUCCACUGCUUCAAGAAAUGGUAUCUGUUUUAGAAAAAUCCCGACAAAGAAAUAUGAAAAAUAGUCCAGAAUUAAAAUUUUUAUCUAUGAAAUAUCAAUUAUUGAUACAUUACUUGAAAAAUAUUUCAUUUUAUCUUGUUCUAAAAACUUCGGGAACAAGAAAUUUACGGGAACACCCUAUAAUUGAUGCACUUGUGGAUUUAAGAAUUACUUUGGAUAAAUUUGAAAGAUUAGAAAGUAAAGUUGAAGAGCCAAUCAAAUCAUUUAUAAAUAAACUUGAUCAACCCGAUCAACCGGUUGAAGUAUUAAAACAAAAGAAAUCAACAAAUACUAAGAAAAAGAAAGAUAAAAAGAAAGAUAAGAAAAAAAAAGUGAUUAAGGAAACUAAAUCUCAAUUAGUUUCGAUUAAUGAUCACGAAGAAGAUGAUAAAAUUUCACCAAUACUAACACAAGUGGAGGAACUACAAUUUAUUAGUCUUAAGAAAUCAAAUAAAAAGCGAAAACUGGAAUCUACUGAUUUUGGUGACUUAAAUGUCAUGGAUGAAGUUGAUGCCGAAGAUAAAGAACAAAAAAGAAAAUCUUUACGAUAUUAUGUUUCCCAAAUUGAUCAGAAAUUAUCAAAACGGGAUAAAGCAGUUAUUCAAGGAGAUAAUCAAGAUUGGAAUGAUGAUGAUACUAAGGUAGCAAUGGAUAUUGAAAAUAAAGACGAUGAUGAUGAUUUUGAAGAAAUAUAUCAAUCAAUUAAAAAUUCCAAAAAAGUUAAGAAAGAUCAAAGAAAAGUUCAAUUCGAAGAACAAAAUUCCAAAGUUAUUAUUCAUGAUGAAACACUUCCCGAAGGUGUAAAACGUCAAAUUAAUUAUCAAAUACUUAAGAACAAAGGUCUUAAACCUAGUCGUAAGAAAGAGCAACGGAAUCCACGUGUUAAACACCGACAGAAAUUCGAGAGAGCCAAGAAAAAGAUCAAAAGUAUUAAAGCUACUUUUGUACAACAGGAAGGUUCUUAUGGUGGUGAGAAAACAGGUAUUAAGACGGGAUUGACGAGAAGUGUUAAGUUUAAUUAA